AUGCACGAUGCCCGCAAGAUCAAGGUUGGCGUUCUGGGCGCGACCGGCACCGUAGGCCAACGGUUUAUCUCCCUCCUGUCCGAGCACCCGUUCUUUGUCCUACAUGCGUUAGGCGCGUCCCACAGAUCUGCGAGCAAACUAUAUUCUCAUGCGGUGACAUGGAAGCAGACAAGGCCCAUCCCAUCAGUAGUGCGCGACUUGGUGGUCGAGGAGUGUAAACCCGAGUGUUUUGCCGAGUGCGAGGUCAUCUUCUCAGGUUUGGAUGCCGAUGUAGCGGGCCCGAUUGAGGAGGCAUUCCGGAGUGCAGAGUUCGCUGUCUUCUCCAAUGCAAAGAACCACAGACGGGAUCCGAAUGUCCCUCUGGUCGUGCCCCUAGUCAAUUCGUCUCACUUCGCCAUGAUUCCCCAGCAGCGCGCUCUGCAUUCGCCUCCUCUUCAAAAAGGCUUCAUCGUCACCAACGCCAACUGCUCCACCACCGGCGUCGUCGUUCCUCUCGCCGCUCUCGAGAGGGCAUUCGGGCCCAUCGAGUCAUGCAUGAUUACCACAAUGCAAGCCAUCUCCGGCGCAGGCUAUCCCGGUGUGUCCAGCUUCGACAUACUCGACAACGUCGUUCCGUACAUUGGCGGCGAGGAGGAAAAGAUGGAGUGGGAGACCCUCAAGAUCCUCGGUGGAAUCUCCGAGUCAGACGAUGGCGUCAGAUCGUUCGACAUGCACGCGCGGCAACCUCUGCGCGUCUCGGCGCAAUGCAAUCGAGUACCUGUCAUCGAGGGCCACACUGAAUGCGUGUCUGUGCGCUUCGCGCGGAGACCGCCACCCAGCCCACAGCAGGUGCGCGAGGCUCUCGUCUCGUUCACGUCUGAUGCUUGGACGGCAUCGUGUCCCUCCGCCCCGCGCCACACUAUCUUCGUGCACGAAGAGCCGGACAGACCGCAACCUAGACUAGAUCGCGACUACCAGGCUGGCGCGGGCAUCUCUGUGGGCCGCGUCCGACAGUGCCAAGUGCUCGACAUCAAGUUCGUCGUCCUCGCGAACAAUGUCGCCAUUGGAGCGGCCACAAGCAGCAUCAUCAAUGCCGAGCUCGCAGUCAGUAAAGGGAUCAUCUGA